CAUUUCCUUCUAAAUUUUGUUGAACAAAAUGCACAAGUUUUGUUUUCAUAUGCAGUGCACAGUUAAUAGAGAGGCAACAUCGCGAAUUUACAAAACCAUACGAGACAAUUUCAGCAAGCAAACAGCGCAUUCAAACGACAAGAACGAUAAAAGCUGGAGUCAAAAACGAUUGCGAUAUCAAACCGCGCGAAACUGCAACCGAACGGCAUUUUUAAGAUAAAGAGAGAGAAAGAGUAAACGAGAGAGACAGAGAGACAGAAAGAGAGGAGGAGCGAGAGAGAAAGAGCUACAGCGAGAGAACACAGGAAAGAGCAAUAUCAUGACGGAAUUGCUAUCCAAUAAAUGAAGUAGCAAAUAGACAUUUUUUGAGACCACACCAAGCAAUUACAUAUGACGCCGACCCCGUUGGAGAUUGUAGUAGCGACGUCGACGCCGCAAACAGAGCACAAUAGCAAUGAAAAUGGGGCAGAUGCGACGGCGGCGGCAGCGACCCCUUCAGUAGCGACAGUGACAACUAAAAGUAGCGACAGCGACACAGACAAUGUUUCGCUUUCCGCUGCUGAAGCAACGCAGUCGGCGACGUCGCCACCCGAUAUUGGCAGCACGAGAGUAGGCAGCGACAUACUGAUAAUGACGCCAGAGCAAAUUGCCGAGGCUUAUGAAAAAACUGUGCAAGAGGAAGAGAGAAAGAGAGUAAAAGCCGAAGAGCGCGGUUGGCUCUUUCGUAAGCUCAAUCUUCGGAAUGCGCCUACCGCCCUUCGGGAUAGACUCUUGCUGAUAGUCGGCAAAAUUUUAAGAUUCAUUUUACAUUUAGACAUGCAUGGGGGCACGACCGGUAACAACACCAAUUUCGUCGGGGGCUUGAUAGACUUUUUGGCCGGCUCAUUGGGUGGCGCUGCUCAGGUCUAUGUCUCGCAGCCAUUAGACACUGUCAAAGUAAAGCUACAAACAUUUCCAGAGGCUUACAAGGGCAUGCUGGAUUGCUUUUUCAGCACCUACCGAAAAGAUGGGGUCAUGCGGGGUCUGUAUGCCGGCUCAUUGCCGGCGGUAUUUGCGAAUGUGGCAGAAAACUCGGUGCUCUUCGCUGCAUACGGUGGCUGCCAGAAGUUCGUCACCUACGUCGUGGAUAAGGAAUUGACAAGCGAAUUGACCACUACGGAAAAUGCAUGCGCCGGUUCACUGGCCGCUUGCUUCUCUACGCUCACCCUCUGUCCCACUGAACUGAUCAAGUGCAAGUUGCAGGCGCUACGCGAAAUGAAGCACUUCGUGGAACCCACGGCAGACAUUCGUACUCCCUGGACAUUAACACGUUACAUAUGGCGGACCGAAGGCAUACGCGGCUUUUAUCGAGGCUUGGGCUCUACAUUUGUUCGUGAAAUGCCUGGAUAUUUCUUCUUCUUUGGUAGCUAUGAGGGUACACGCGAGCUGUUGCGUAGUAAGGAUCAGACAAAGGACGAAAUUGGCCCAGUUCGUACAAUGAUCGCUGGGGCCACUGGCGGUGUCUGUUUAUGGACAUCAACAUUCCCAGCUGACGUCAUUAAAAGUCGUAUACAGGUAAAAAACCUAAAUGAGGGUAUGUUUACUGUCGGUGCAGACAUUGUCAAACGCGAGGGCGUAUUGGCAUUAUAUCGUGGACUGUUGCCAUCUGUUCUGCGAACCAUUCCGGCUACGGCCACCCUGUUCGUUGUCUACGAAUAUACUAAAAAGGCUUUACAUGGGACUUUAUCACAGUAACUUAUAGCAAUCGUGACAGGGGUGGGCGUGACCGCGGGCGGUUAUUAUAAAUUAGCCCAUGUUUCUGGAUUUCUAUUAUAAAUCUAUCCACUACA